UUAAAAUCAACAAAAAAUUUGCAUCCACAAACUAAAAAAAAAAAAAAAACACAUUAGACGAUUAUGAAUAGCAAAGCUCGAAGAAAACAAAAAUAAAACAGGAAAACAAACAAAUCUUAGAGAUCUCAACACAAGUUGUGGUUGAGAUUCAAUCCCACCACCACACUCCCACACUCAUUAUACAUUGCAAACAAAACCACUUUAACACAUCAGUUAACUCUCAUUGUUGUCGCCUCCCGGCCCCCUCCAUCUUCUUCCGAUUCACCGGAAAAACAAAAGAAAGAAGGAAAGAAUAUCACCAGAAGAAAAGAAAAAAAAAUCUUCAUCAUCUGACUCUUUCUGUUGCACUCAGCUUCCACUAUAUUAAUUACAUGCAAUAUAUAUAGUGUAAUUGCACCAUAUAGUUUAUGUCCGCUUACUGCUAAGUGGAUAUAUCUAUAUAUAUAGUGUGCAGUUCCUUUUUUUUUUUUUUUUUCUUAUUCAGUAGUAGUUUUGUUCGGAUUGAUGCUAGCUGUGGCAAGCUUGCCAAACGCCGCCACCAGAGAUGAAAGCCAAGAGCAGAUGGAGAGUUUUAGCAAUGAAGACUUCCCUGAUUUGCUCGAAAGCAUCGAUUUCAACGAUCUUUUUGUGGGCAUCCAUGAUGGAGAUGUAUUGCCUGAUUUGGAGAUGGACCCUGAUAUUCUUGCUGACUUCUCCGUCAGUGGUAGCGGCGAGGAAUCAGAGAUGAACACAUCGGUGUCAAAUGAUCAGAAAGUGGAGAUUAAUCCAAGAAAAGAUGAAGAAGACAAGGUUUCGGGAUCUGGGUCGGGACUGGAUUCGAGUUUGAGUACAAGAAGUGAGGAGAUUGUGAGCAAGAGAGAUGAAUCCGUAGUGGUUAAUCCAGUUUCUAAAGAAAAUGAUAAGGGAAGAAAAUCAACACAAGCCAAGAAUAAUCAAGGCAAGAGAAAAGUAAAGGUGGAUUGGACGCCAGAGCUGCACAGAAGAUUCGUACAAGCAGUGGAGCAAUUAGGGGUGGAUAAGGCAGUGCCUUCGAGGAUUUUAGAGCUUAUGGGUAUUGAUUGUCUCACUCGGCACAAUAUCGCCAGCCAUCUCCAAAAAUAUCGAUCUCAUAGGAAGCAUUUGCUAGCGCGAGAAGCUGAAGCAGCAACAUGGAGCCAUAAGCGGCAAAUCUACGGAGCCGCUGGAGUCGGCGGCGGCAAGAGGGAUAUGGCCACUUGGCAUGCACCCACGAUGGGGUUUCCUCCGAUAACACCUAUGCACCACCACCACUUUAGACCAUUGCAUGUAUGGGGUCAUCCUCAUCCUCCAAUGGAACAACCCUUGAUGCACAUAUGGCCUAAACAUCUAGCUCACUCGCCAUCACCGCCGCCACCUACAUGGCCUCCACCACCAGACCCUUCAUAUUGGCACCACCACAAUCAGCAACCGGUUCCAAAUGGACUAAUUCCAGGCAAGCCUUGCUUUCCACAGCCACUGGCUCCAGCGAGAUUUGCCACACCUCCUGUCACUGGUAUCCCACACCACGCCAUGUACAAAGUAGAUCCUGCCGUGGCAGUCUCAACUAGACAAUCAGCAUUAGGUCCCCAUCCUCUCUUGGACUUGCAUCCGUCUAAAGAGAGCAUAGAUGCAGCUAUUGGAGAUGUUUUAUCGAAGCCAUGGCUGCCACUUCCGCUUGGAUUAAUACCACCAUCUCUUGACAGUGUUAUAGGGGAGCUGCAACGGCAUGGAGUGGCCAAGAUACCACCCACUUGUACUUGAAAGCAAAACUGGUGUUUUCAGAAAAAAAAAAAACCCUAAAUUUGUCGACAUUUCCUCUGCGCUUGUCGCUUGCGUGCGCCUUAUCUUCGAGCUUUUCUCCUUAACUUUUUCCUUAGCUCUUUGCUAAAACUGAGAAUUAAUUUUCUUGUUCUUCUAUGAAGGACAGGUUUGUGAAUUAGCUUACUUAAGGCUUGUAAUAAAGUAAUAAUUUUUAUUUUCCAAUGUUCCGGCGUAUGAAUACGAGUCCAUAUGCCUCGUUGAGAAUAAUAAUAAUAAUAGUAAAUAUAUUGUUUUGUCA